CUGAUCGAUAGCAUCUCACCGGAAACGGCCGCAUCCACAAUCGGAGAGACGUCUUCGAUUCCCGAGAAGUCCAACUGCCGAGAGACCGCCACGGCUGCGGUUGUCUGGUCCAGGAAACGGCGUGUCUCGCCCGGACUUCGGCCCAACGGGAUGCGUGCUGAACGCGCCGCCGCGAGGCCCAUGGAGGUGGAAGAGAAGGCGGAGAGCUGGGUGCACACGGACGGCCAUUCGAGGAUUUUGAGAGUCUCGGACUGGAGUGACUCGGCGAGUUUGACUCGUUCGGUCUCCGGCUCAGCAGAUAGGGCAACGCGGGACGUGGCGGCGGUGAGGCGGGACAGUUUCAGAUGCGGCGGUGGUGGGUUCCAGGUGAGGAGGUUGCGGCCGAGUAUCAUGGGAGGACAGCCGCAGGAUUUUGAAAGGGGAUCAUUAUUCACUCAAAAUUCUGCCGCUACGAGAGGGAGAGGCGCACGUCCAUCAAUCCCGAAGUUUCUGUUCACAGCAGUGAAGCAUCGGCUAGGGUUCGGCGACGUACGCCGUUGGAGCUUCGCUAAAUCGAUUCUGCCGAACAUGAACAACGCAUGUUUCGCCAAACUCACAAUGCCACUCCCCGUGACGAAAAACUUUCAGGUCGUGGCCGUUCGAUACUUCUCGACUUGCGCGGCGGCGGCCCCACUCUUCCGCUCCUCCUCCUCCACCCCACUCGUCCACCUCACCCCGUCCUUCGUCCUCAACUCCUGUCUAACCUCCUCGUCUGACGCCCCACAACGGUCAAACGAGUGGUUCGCCCUCCGCAAGGACAAGCUAACGACGAGCACCUUCAGCACAGCCCUCGGCCUCUGGAAAGGAAACCGCCGUUACGACCUCUGGCACGAGAAAGUCUUCCCACCUCCCGAUUCCGACUCGGACGUGGGCCCCACAAAGCACGGCGCAAUGGAAUGGGGUGUUUUGAACGAGGCAGUGGCGAUCGAGCGGUACAAGCGCAUAACGGGCCGAGAUGUGGGCUCGUUGGGCUUUGCGGUCCACGCGGACGAGGGGCUGAGCUGGAUCGGGGCCUCGCCAGACGGGCUUCUCGGGUGCUACCCAGGAGGUGGGAUUUUGGAAGUGAAGUGCCCGUAUAAUAAAGGUAGGCCGGAGAUGAUGCUUCCGUGGUCGAACGUGCCGUUUUACUACAUGCCUCAGGUGCAAGGGCAGAUGGAGGUGAUGGAUAGGGAUUGGGCGGAUUUGUACUGUUGGACUCCGAACGGGAGUACGAUAUUCCGAGUGUGUAGAGAUGGCGGGUAUUGGGAGUUGAUGCGCGGGGUUUUGCGCGAGUUUUGGUGGGAGAACGUUUUGCCAGCGAGGACGGCUGUUUUGGCGGGGAGAGGGGAGGAAGAGGUGAAGUCGUUGUUCAAGCCGAGCUCGACGCACAAGUUGACGGGGCUCAUCAUAUCCAGAAGCUUGAAAAUGGCGGGCGAGACGAAAAUGCUGUGUAAGGAGAUUGCGGGGCAUGUCGAAUAUUUUCGUUGA